AUUGGAAUUUGACAACUCGAAUAUGACAGAUUUAGACAAUAAGUCAAGCGGUAGACUUGGAGUAGUCCAAACUGCUCAGACUACUGAUAACUGGGACAAGAGCGAUUGCGUAACAUUUGUUAUGCACAAAGAAGACCAUACUCUUGGCAAUGCUCUCAGAUAUAUGAUUAUGAAAGACCCUGAUGUAGAGUUCUGUGGUUACAGUGUACCCCAUCCUACAGAGAAUAGGAUCAACUUCAGGAUACAAACAAAAGGACCACCAGCUGGUGAUGUCUUUGGAAAGGGAUUAGCCAAUCUCUCAGAAGUAUGUGAUCACAUUCAACAAACAUUCGAAGACAGCAUAAAACAGUUCAAAGAUGAAGGAAUGGAGAGUCAAUGACCCAGGACCAAAAUGUAGCAUGAUAUAUGGAGAGAAGUGGACUUGUACAUGGAACACCUUUUAUUCAUUCCUGGGG